AUGGAGGACUUUUGUUACAGUUUGGAGCAGGUAGACUCCACUCCUGAUUUUUUCUUCUGGGAGCAGGCAGAUCCCAGUGCUCAGCUGGAUAAUUUCCUAGCAGACUGCUCCUCCCUGGCGGACCAACUCUUGCCUUGGCCCUCCCCCGUCGUCCUCGGCGCCCCGGGGGGUGCUGAAGCGGACAGCUCCGCUUCUCCGCCGGCUCCGGGCCCCGCCGCCCCGCCGCCACAUGUACCCCGCCGCCAGCGGCAGGCCGCCAACGUCCGCGAGAGGAAGAGGAUGCUCAGCAUCAAUUCGGCCUUCGACCAGCUCCGCUGCCACGUACCCACCUUCCCAUAUGAGAAGCGUCUGUCCAAGAUUGACACGCUGCGGCUGGCCAUCGCCUACAUCGCUCUCCUGAGUGAGAUCCUCCUGUCCGGAUGCAAUCCCAAAUCCUAUGUGGAGCAGUGCCUGAAGAACGGUGUGCAAAGCCAGCAGCAGGCAACCUGGAAUACAAGUGAUCUGACAGCCCGCCUGUCUUGGGUGAAGUGGGAUUAA